AUGGCGGCCACGCUGGCCAUUGGUGCUUAUGCCGCUCCCGCUCCUCUCAUUACUGGAGCUCCAUCCCUCUCCCGCCGUCAGGAUAGCGAGGGUGGCUCCGGUGGUUCUGGUGGAAGCAGUGUUCUCGAUGCUCCCAUGACCAUCGCUGCCGGCGAGUCAUUCGACGGCGGCAAUGCUAUCUUCGACCGUGGUGUUUCUUGCACUGGUCAGGAGGAGGGCGGUGACUCUGAUGCCGUCUUUAUCCUCGAGAAGGGUGCCACUCUUUCUAACGUCCGCAUUGGUCCCAACCAGAUUGAGGGUGUUCACUGCAACGGUGGCUGCACUCUCAACAAUGUUGUCUGGGACGCCGUCUGCGAGGAUGCUUUCUCUAUCAAGAAGCAGGAAGAUGGGGAGACCACUACCAUCAACGGUGGCGGCGCUACCGGCGCCGAGGACAAGGUCAUCCAGCACAACGGUGGAGGUACCGUCAUCAUCAAGGACUUCGAGGUCUCUGACUUUGGUAAGCUCUACCGCAGCUGCGGUAACUGCAAGGAGAUGCCCGCCCGCCACGUCGAGAUCUCUGGUGGUUCUGCCAGCAACGGAAAGAUCCUCGUCGGCAUCAACCCCAACAUGGGUGACACCGCCAAGAUCUCCGGCAUCCAGCUCACAAACGUUCCCAAGGAGUGCAUCACUUUCGAGGGUGUCACUGACGGCAGUGAGCCCAAGGAGGUUGGCACCUGCGACUCCAAUGCUGGCUCUGGUUCCGGCUCCGGCUCUGGAGACUCUACUGAGGCCCCUGCUACCCCUACUACUCCUGCCGAUGGCUCUGAGACCCCUGCCGCAUCUGAAGUUGCUGACCCUGUUGAGACCUCCAGCGAUGGCUCUCAGGGUGACGACCAGUCCGGUGACGACCAGUCCGGCGACAACAAUGAUUCUGAGAACGAUGAUUCUGAUGAUGACAACAAGGACGACAACUCUGAUGAUGAGAACAAGGAUGAUCAGUCUGACAACGAGAACCAGGACCAAGACUCUGAGUCUGAUAACCAGCAGGCCCAGCCUUCUCAACCCAACUUCAACUUUGGAAGCGGCGGCUUCGGUGGCUUCUAA